CUGCACCGCCGACACAACACACGCAACAUGUACAAGCUGGUGAUCCUGCCCCUGCUGUUCGCCGCCGUGUCGGCCGGCUACCUGGGAGGCGUGGCCGUGGCGCCAGCGGCCGUCGCCGCCCCCGCCAUCGCCGCCCCCGUAGCCUACGCCGCCCCCGCUAUUGCCGCCGCCCCUGCCUUGGCCGUGGCCCCCGCUCUGCGCGCCGCCCCCCUGGCUCUCGCCGCCCCCGCCAUAGCCGCUCCACUGCCUUAUGCAGCUGCGGCACCGAUCCUCAAGAUCCACUGAACGAGAGGAUUACUACAGGCGUACUGCCAUUUGUAAAUACAUAAAUAAUAAGAAAUAUACAACCAAACAAACCUGA